AUGAGAAGUGAUGUCCUCGAAAUCACUCAAGAGGGCAGCAGCAUUCGCAUGCGCUGCGAAGACGGCUCGGAGUUCCUGCUGCCCCGUGCAGACUGCCUCUGUUUGCCAAUAGUGCACUCCACCGCGGAAGAGUUGUGCGCAUACAUUUGGCAAAGCCUGGUGGACACUUUGACUGAAGGGCAUUUGAAGAAAAGAGGCAUAAAAUGUCUGGAGGUGACGGUCGCCGAGAAGUCGACGCAAGUUGCGGUGUACCGACGCUGCAUUUGA